AUGAAAGCUAAUGUGCGUGCAUGGAUGCCCUCGCCUGGAGCAAGCAUCAUCAGCGCUGACUUUGUGCUGUCCACCAUAUCUGUAUGUGGUGGGUUCGUCCCCAAGGAUGCCUUGAAUGCAGGAAUCACUGGCCAGUUGACUUGCGGGGUUGCGUAUCAUGCCGCCAAAUUGUUUAAGGCAAGUCCGAUUGCAUCUGAAAAAGUUGACGAAGCGGGUACGGAGCUCCACAUCUACAGUUAG